UCCUUCCCCGAAAAUCGCUGUGACAAAUAUUUGAUAACAUUCAGUUAACCAUGGCAACAUGUCGGAAACAUUGCGUUUGAUCAAUUAGAAUUAUUGCGUGAAAUAUUAUAUUGUACAAGAAUUAUUUUGGAGAAGAUGAACAGUUUCGUUAAGUACGAUCCCGGGUUCUCAGCCAGUGAAUAUUUUGAACGCACCCGAUGCAUCGAUGCCGAUUUCCGAAGAAUGAUCUACGACUUGCAAAUAGCGAUGUACAAGACAACAUAUAAUAUAUCGUUUUAUUGGCCGGAAAAUGUACCCAAACGCAAUUAUUAUCAAAUCGAACCUGGAUUUACUACGAUACCGAAGCCAAAUGAUGAUCAGUAUAAACAACUGUAUACACCUGAAAUUUUAAUAUCCAGAAAACUGAGUGAAAAUAAAAGAAUUGUACCACCUUUGGAUUACUCAAUAAGUAUCCCAUCAAUGUGUCAAGACGAGGAUUUAAAUGACUCUGAUACACACGCGAAGUCUUUGUACCAAGAGAGUUACAUAAAUUGGACGCCAAAUCAAGCACAUAAAAAAGAGGAAACAUCAGAAGAGUGGGCUCAGAAAUGGAGAAACGAGUGUCACAACGUUCGAGAUGCCGACGAUUUAGUGCACGACUUAUCGAAUCGAAUAAUCAAAUCGCAAAAGAUGAUAUUGAGUAAAAAGAAGAUUGGCUAUGCUUAGUAAAGAGUAUUGUUUCAUAGAUUGAAAUUUUGAUAACUAUUUUAUUAUAAUUAAAAUGUUAAAAAAAUAGUAAUUUGUAAAA